UCUAACCUGAAAUUUUUAUCAUGUUGGGGAAUUGAUUUGUAUUAAUGUAGAGUUAGACCACCAAAAUAUUUUUAACUUAAAUAAUUAGCGAUUAUGAAAUAAAUCUAUUUUGGUAUAUAUACAUACUCAAAUAAUGUUGCAGUUGAGAAUGAAUUCGUUUCGAAAAUUGUAUUGUCAAAACUGGGUCUAUCAAAAAAGCCCCAAAAUGAGUUUGACAUCAUUUUGUAAGAACGUGAAAUACGAUGUUAUUGUAAUUGGUGGAGGGCAUGCGGGAACUGAAGCUUGUGCAGCUGCUGCCAGAAUGGGAGCAGUUACCUUGCUUAUAACCCACAAGAAGAAUACUGUUGGGGAAAUGUCAUGCAAUCCUUCAUUUGGCGGGAUAGGUAAGGGGCACUUAAUGAGAGAAAUAGAUGCCCUUGGAGGAGUAUGCUCUAGAAUGUGUGAUAAAUCGGGUAUACAAUAUAAGGUUCUGAACAAGAGAAAAGGUCCUGCGGUGUGGGGUUACAGGGCACAAAUUGAUAGGGACUUAUAUAAGAAGAAUGUACAGGAAGAACUUUUUCAAAAUACUGAAAACUUACAUGUGCUUUUUGCUCCAGUGGAAGAUUUGUUAGUUAAACAUUCUCAAACUAACUCAAAUAAUCAGCCACUAGUUGAUUGUAAAGGGGUAGUAUUGGAUGAUGGCACUUGUAUUACCUCAGAUUGUGUUGUAAUAACCACUGGUACAUUUUUAAGAGGUCGAAUAAAUAUUGGUUUGGAAAUUUAUCCUGCAGGCCGACUUGGAGAUCGUAGUGCUGUAGGACUAGCCAAUACUUUAAAAUCUUUGGACUUAAAAAUAGGCAGAUUAAAGACUGGUACUCCCCCAAGAUUAAAAAAAGAUACUAUUGAUUAUACUGUUUGUACAAUCCAAAAAGGUGAUAAUCCUCCCUUACCCUUUUCAUUUAUGAAUGACUCAGUGUGGUUGAAGCCAGAAGAUCAAUUGGAUUGCCACCUUACAAAUACCACUCUAGCAAUUGAAGAUAUAGUAAAGAAGAACCUACAUUUAAACCGUCAUGUGUUUGAGGAGGUCACAGGUCCUAGAUAUUGUCCCAGUAUUGAAUCAAAGGUUUUACGGUUUGGAGGAAGAGAACAUCAAAUAUGGCUUGAACCUGAGGGAUUUGACAGCAAUGUUGUUUAUCCAAAUGGUCUGUCAUGUACUCUUCCAGAAGACCUGCAGCAAAAAUUACUGCACACAAUUCCGGGUCUUGAAAAUGCCACAAUGUUGCGACCUGGAUAUGGAGUAGAAUAUGAUUUUGUAGAUCCUAGGGAGUUAUAUCCUACAUUAGAAGUGAAAAGAGUUAAUGGGUUAUUUUUGGCUGGUCAAAUAAAUGGUACAACAGGUUAUGAAGAAGCAGCAGCACAAGGGAUACUAGCUGGCAUUAACGCAGCAGCAAAAGUGCAAAAGAAGCCGCCGGUUAUAAUAACUCGGACUGAAGGUUACAUUGGAGUGAUGGUUGACGACCUUACUACUUUAGGCACUACUGAACCUUAUAGAAUGUUUACUAGCCGAGCAGAGUUUAGGUUAACAUUACGUCCUGACAAUGCAGACCAACGAUUGACCCCGAAAGGUUAUCAAGUAGGUUGUGUAUCACAAGAAAGGUAUUUAAAGAUGAGAGAUACUGACCAGAAACUAAAAGAAGGUAUCCAAUUGUUAAAAGAUAUAAAAAAAUCGGCAAAUAGGUGGAGAAAGUUGAUUGGAGCAAAACCAAGCAAAAAUCAUACGUGGAAAAGUGCUUUUGAUAUGCUAGACGUCUAUAGUGAGAAUAUUACUCUAAGCAGGUUAGCAGAGGCAGAACCUGCAUUAAAACAUUUGACUCUCGACCAUAUGCUAGAAAACCGACUUUGCAUUGAAGCUCAAUAUGAAAGCGCGGCUGCUGAACAACGAGAAGAGGUUGAGGAAAUUAGGAAAGAUGAAAUGUUAAUGAUUCCAAAGGAUCUAGAUUAUAAUUCGAAGAGUUUGAGUUUGAAUUCAGAGGAAAAAGAAAAGCUCUCAUAUAUUCAGCCCCAAAGUAUAGCUGCUGCUAGUAGAAUACCUGGAGUAACGCCAUCCUCGUUAUUGAGACUACUAAGAUUUGUUAAACAGAAUUAUUAUUUGCAAGAACAACUCGGUAAAUAGGCUUAGUGAAUCUCUUUUAAAUUGUAAUUGUUG